AUGUCACAUUUGACGUCACUCGGACUGUGGGAAGGUGGUCUUGAUCGAAAAACACCGUACUUAAAAGCCACUGACGGGAAAACUUUGCGUGUUUUUGUUUCCUCUCUUCAUCCACCAGACAAACCAUGAAACUUCAAAAUUGACUCAAAAUUGUACUCCACGUGAAGGAGGCGGAUUUGCCUUGUUUGUCAAGGGGAUUAAAGUUGGGAAAAUACGAGGUGAAAAUGGAGAGCCCAGCUGAGUGAGAGUGGGGUGAGAAGGCUGGAUUUGGCAAAGUUGGGAGUCCUGCCCUGCUGUUAGCAGGCUAGUUAGCAUGCUAAGACACUUCGCUACUUUGUAAAAGACAUGAGAGCUCCACUGCUCUCCAGUCUGUGAUUCGCUGGGGGAGCUGCUUGAUCUGUGGCAAGACGACUGCUGACAUUGCAGCUUCUCCCAAUGGAUUGAAGCACAGUUGGUGAUCUUAUUUUCUGUGGAAGUUCUGCCUGAAUCGCACUGUGCUCAUCUUGAAAGCAAAGACACCCCCCCCCUCUUCUGCCCUGAUUUUUCUUUUUUCAAAGCAGCGAUUCUAACUGUACUCAUGCAUUUUUUUCUCAGCCAUUGAACGUAUUCUGCCAUCUGAGAUGGGGCCCUGGUAGGCUCUUCCAGGGGCUUGAAGUACCCCCUGCCUGCAGACUGUGCAGCCUGGCUGUGUGUUUCGCACUCACAGUCACAGGCCCGUAAAGGAAUAACAUAAGCAGCAGACAGCCAGCUGUACUCUCCUCUCAUGGAAGCAAAGCGAGACAUCCCUUUUUGUUCAUGCCCAAAUUGUAUUCAUGAGCUCUUAGACUUCUGAACUGGACCUAAGGGAUGCAGCCUAUUGCUUGUUUUUUUUUUUUUUUUUUUAGAACUGUGAAUGCUGAUGCCAUUUGUUUGGGACUUGGGUGGAUGUUAUCAGCUUUAUUCAUGAACCCUGUGUCUGAGUCUGGGUACGGCCUGGAUGUUGGGUGCCCCGAGUGUGUUGCAUCGACUGUUGAGGUGAUGAGGCAGGGCUCCUGGUGGCCUGUGUGGCUUGCUGGGCAGUGGCCCAAAGUGAUGUGAUGGGGUGCAGGAACAGUAAGGUCCUCCCUGAGCCUCCAGGGGAUGUCCAGUUGGACCUGGUUAAAAAGGUUGAUCCUCCCCAGCCUCCUCAGACAGACAUAUAUAAGCACUUCAUACGAGGGGAUGGCACGAGGAGCAAGACGGGUGCGUCAGGCGGAGCGGGAGGUCACAAGGCUGACACCACCUCCCCUUACCAGGCCCAAGCCCAGGCUGCAUCUCCCGCUGCUUCUGCCCAGCCCCCAAAGGACCCGUCUGAACUGUCGGACCCUCAGCGGAAGAAGGUGGCAAAAUAUCGAGCCAAGUUCGACCCCCGGGUUACCGCCAAGUACGACAUCAAAGCUCUGAUAGGUCGGGGAAGCUUUAGCAGGGUAGUUCGUGUGGAGCACAAGAGCACGCGUCAGCCUUACGCCAUCAAGAUGAUUGAGACCCGUUACCGCGAGGGGAGGGAGGUGUGCGAGUCGGAGCUGUGCGUUCUGCGCCGCGUCCGUCAUACCAACAUCAUCCAGCUGAUGGAGGUCUUUGAGACAGUGGAGCGUGUCUACAUGGUGAUGGAGCUGGCCACGGGCGGAGAGCUCUUUGAUCGCAUUAUCGCGCGAGGCUCCUUCACAGAGCGGGACGCCACGCGGGUGCUGCAGAUGGUGCUCGACGGCGUCAAGUAUCUGCACACUCUGGGUAUAACUCACCGAGACCUGAAACCAGAGAACCUGCUCUACUACCACCCUGGAGCCGACUCCAAGAUCAUCAUCACAGACUUUGGUUUGGCAAGUAGCAGGAAGAAGGGAGACGAGUGUCUGAUGAAGACAACAUGUGGCACGCCAGAGUACAUUGCCCCUGAGAUUUUGGUGAGGAAGCCCUAUACAAACGCCGUAGACAUGUGGGCGCUGGGAGUGAUAUCGUACAUCCUGCUGAGCGGAACCAUGCCCUUUGAGGACGACAACCGCAUGAGGCUUUACCGGCAGAUCCUCAAGGGAAAGUACAGCUUCUCUGGAGAGCCGUGGCCCAGUGUGUCAAACCUGGCCAAAGACUUUGUGGAGCGGAUACUAACAGUGGACCCCAGCGAGCGGCUCACUGCCGGGCAGGCCCUCAAGCACCCCUGGAUCGUCAGCAUGGCUGCCUCUUCCUCCAUGAAGAACCUACAGCGAUGUAUAUCUCAGAACCUCCUGAAGCGGGCGUCCUCACGCUGCCAUAGCACCAAGUCGGCCCAAUCCACUCGCUCUAGCCGCUCCACCAAAUCCAACAAAGCCCGGCGGGUGCGAGAGAAGGAGCUGCGCGAGCUGAACCGUCGCUAUCAGCAGCAGUACAACGGCUGAAACGUGGACUGUCACUGGCAAACCACUGUCGCAGCCAGCGUACGUUAUGAUUAAAACAGCACAAUGACGGAGCUUUUACCAUUGAAGUUCCUGCCAGUGUUUGAGAUGAAAAUGGCAGAAAGAGAGGACAAUGACUUGACUGAAUCAAAGACUGACAGGAAAGUUACUGCUGCAAAGUCCAACGUGAUCACAAAGACAAUGUAAUCUAACGAUUCCUACAAGCGGUAUGUCUUCUGAUGGGAACCGAAGAGGACCAGUUUGAAGAGGUUACAUCAUCUCCAUCUCUCCAUCCAUUCCUUCACUUUUCUCUGAAAGGAUGGUGUAUUGUAUUCCUUUCCCUUUGUUCUUUCAAUCUGUGUCUCUCAUAUUUAUUUAUUAUUGUUGACAUGAUUAUUAUUCUCCCUUCUAAUGGUCACUGGAUAAUGACCUUCUACAAGGAUCUGUUGAACAGAGUUUUGGGUACUGAAGUUCUACAAAAGGAUACUUUAAGAAAAGGGGGAGGGUGAUUCCCCUCACUCCUCCCGGAUUGAAUAUUGCUGUGAAUUUAUUGUUGUACAGACCUUCUCUUACGAUGUGGGUAAUUGAAACACACUGCAACAAAACCACACUUUUACAGGUCAGAAUAUUUUAAAGUCAGUUCUAAGCUUAUCUAAUCUUGCCACCAUUGCUCUGUUAAUGUAAUUGCUUAAAGCUGUCAAAAAUUGUGAAGCUGCUGUGAUGCUUUUUUAUCAGACAUGAGCCCACACAGUGUUACCCCCAGUGGUUUUCUAAGAUCAAUAUAUUCCCUUUUACAAGAAAAAUACCUGCUAUGAUCCUGGCCUGUUACAGGAGAACACACACAUUGUGCAUGCAAAGUUUUACAGUAUUUACCCACUGCACUAGCUCUUAGCUGUAACCUAAAAGUUAGCCUUGAUUAUAAUGUGUUUACAGAUUCAAGAUUUCCAAUAUCCCUCAAUCGAAACAGGCUGCAUCACACAAACAAGUUCUUACUUAGAAGUUGGUUGUUUAAAUAGUUACUUGAGUCUCUUCUUGAGCUAAUUUUUGCUUACUUAAUGACCCAUUUGGUUUGAGGAUCUUUAAAGGUUUGUGAUCAGACACCUAAACAAAAUGUAGUUUAAGUAUAUUAAACGGGAAGACUUUGAAUAUGGAAUACCAAAUGCUAGAUUUGUUAAUAAUCACAUCUUUUACCACUCACUUAAAACUUCAUGAUUACCUGCAUAUAACAUUGAAAUAAGGUAACGAUUACAUUUACAAAGGUUUAGCUGUUCGGUCAAAGUAUUAUUUGUAAUUUGUGGAAGCCUCACGACAGAAUGUCAUACUUCAGUGACGUCAGGUUUUCAUGCACAAUCACUACAAUCCUUACAAGCGUAGGAUUUUCUCAAAUUUGAACGGUGCUUUAAAACAAACAAGUAGUUAUAAUUACUGAUUUAGGAAUGGCUUCUCUCAUAAACAUUGAUCAUGGAUCAUUAAAUAAUUGGUGCAAAUGAAUCGAAGAUAUGCAAUCACCAGCAACAUAUUACAUACAUACAAGACGUAUGUAGUAGAAGUAAAUGUAUUCUUCUAAAACACACAGACUCAUUAUUGUAAGGGGCAGAUGUUACUCAUUUAUACACUUAAUUAUGCAAUUAAUACUAUUUGUCUGGUUAAAAAGGUGUAUUUGUUUUCUAAUAUAGCACAUGAUGCAGCCAUGCCCACAGUCUCUGAUGUGUUUUCUUACCUUUUGUUUGUAAAUGCACUUAAAUUUCAAUGAAUUCCAGUAGUUGAGCUCUAUGAGAAGUCCAAUGGUAGAUGGUGAAUGAACAGUGGAUUGUAGCCAGUGGUGCUUAAAGAAGUGGGUAUGCUCUUAAUUUUUACCCCCAAUGUUUUUUUUUGUAAGUGGCCCUUCUAGCAGAGUAAAAAAAACCUCUAUUGUAAACAGUGACAUGUAAGACUCCUCUUGCAUAGUAAGUCAGUAAGUCAGUGCGUACUAGCCAAUAGAGACGGCGUAGGGAGGGUCAUCCCUUCACCAUCCGAGGAACAAAAAUUGCAGCAUACUGAAUAUUGUCAAUCAAUCAAUGGUGUUAAUCAGAGGGGAUUUAGAAGUGGGUAUGACCUAUGGAGACUGAAAUAAAAGUAGGUAUACUCUGUAUACCUGCGUAUACCCGGCACAUCUACACCACUGAUUGUAGCUUUGGUUUUUAGCUCUGCUUUUGACUGAAUCAUAACUAGUACAAUGCAGUCCUAAAGCCUGCAAUAAGGGGAUAAACAGUCUUUCAUCAUAAGGUGGUUGUAAAUGUAUGUGAGUGUGAUAAUAACUUCAAAUCAGACUAGACAUGUUUCUGUAGAAGUGUGGUGUAAAUGGUAAAAGUGUGCACUUACAGUGAAGCUAAUUUCUGAGCUAUUUAAACACAUGGAGUAAAGCCAAAUGAAGAAAUAAUGCAGCAGUGUGUUUGGUUAUCAUAUCCGUACUCAAAAGAUUGAUGAAGAAUGAUUCUCCAUUAAGUAAAAUGAUGUGACUAUUUGCCUUUUUUUGCCUGUUUUUUUUUUCUCCCUUUUAUCUGGCAUAGCACUUCUUCUAUACAGUAAAGUAAUCUGUUGUUUACAAUUAUUGUAAUCGUCCCUUUAUCUGAAGCCUUUAUGCAUCGUUAUGUUGGUGCCUUCAGAACACUUCUAGAGUGAAUCACUUGCUGCAUUUAAAAGCGUUUUGCUGUGAUCUGCUUUCAGGCCUUAAAAAUGUGUUGCUAUGUGAACUUUAAACAUGUACUGGAAACUUAAUCGAGCCAUGUCAGCUGACCUCAGUUGUUUUCUUCUGUUUUCUUUUGUUCUUUUCUCCUUUCAGGAUGCUCUGAUGCUGAUGCUUUGAUUCUUGUCCUUUUCAUACCUUUCAUCUUAGUCAGAUUUAAAAGCUUCUUUUCCUUUGUCCCACUGCUGUUACCUGUUUGAAUGUCUCAGCUCUGGUUGUGACUAAAUUGCUUUUGUAAGACAUUAAGUGAAGUUAAGAUGGGAACUGGUAUUGGAAUGCUCAAAUUCUUACUUUUUUUUAACAGAAACAGCUCUCAGAAUAGGUCUUUUAAAUAUCCUACGCACACUCUGAAGCUUCAAAAAGGUGCAUUCUUUUUGAAAGAAUUCAAAGACACAGAGUCGUUCACAGAUUAAAAAAAAAAAAAAGCUGUGGUUGUCUAAAAAGAAAGAUGUUUGGUGAAUUACAAUUGUAGGGUGUCCUACUCUCUGCAAUAUGUAGACAAUAACCUGACCUUAGUUCUGGCUGUCGGUUCACUGAUGGCUGUUAGAGCAUAGCAUCUAUAGGAAAUGAACAUUGAGCCUGUUUUAAGAGGGUCAACUCAAAGACACUUAAAGUAACAGUGUGGACUCAAAGUUCAAAAAUCAGCCACAUAUGUUAUUGUGUAUUAUGUACCAUGUUGAAAUAAGAACCAAAUCAGUUCAUUAGCAGUGUUGAAGAGUGUUAGCACAUUUGUAAAAGUCUAUCUCGUUUGUGUUUUUUAUAUAUCUGUAUGAUUUUAUAUCAAUGCUGUUGUUUGAAAUGAAGUAGCUAACUCAACACUGUUUAUCCAAAACAGUUGUUCAUGUUUUGUUUUUGUGUUCAAGUGAAUGAUAACACUUUGAUUCUUCCACCUUUAACUUUUUAUUUUUUUAAACAGUGAGUUGUAUGUGCCAAUAAAACACUCGAACUUGA